AUGUAUCAACCCGCAGGAUUUGAGGAUCCAGAGAAGCCGCAUCAUGUAUGUCGUCUCACAAAAGCACUGUAUGGCCUCAAACAAGCUCCCCGAGCCUGGUACGACACAUUCAGUCUAUUCCUUAUCGAGUUUGGGUUUAAUUGCAGUAAAUCAGACCCUUCACUAUUCAUCUAUCAUCAUCAAGGCAAGACUUUGGUGCUGCUUCUAUAUGUCGAUGAUAUUCUGUUAACGGGGAGUGAUCAAGAGUUACUUACAGCUCUUCGUAAGGCGCUUAAUAGUCGAUUUUCGAUGAAGGAUCUUGGUAUGCCUAAAUAUUUCUUGGGGAUUGAGAUAGAGGCGUACUCAGGCGGCCUGUUUCUUCAUCAAUCAGCAUACACUGCAGAUAUUCUCCAUCAAGCUGGAAUGACAGAAUGUAAUCCAAUGCCCACUCCAUUACCGCAACAUUUGGAUAAUCUGAACUCCGAGCCAUUCUCUGAACCCACAUACUUCAGAAGCUUGGCUGGGAAGUUACAGUACCUAACAAUAACAAGACCAGACAUUCAAUAUGCUGUUAAUUUUGUCUGUCAAAGGAUGCACUCUCCUACUGUCUCAGAUUUUGGCUUACUCAAACGAAUACUGAGAUACUUGAAGGGAACAAUGAGCAUGGGACUUGUGAUCACGAAGGAUCAGAAUAUCAACUUGACUGCCUACAGUGACAGUGAUUGGGCCGGCUGUAAGGAAACGAGGAGGUCUACGACGGGUUUCUGCACUUUGCUUGGACCUAAUCUGAUAUCGUGGUCUGCAAAACGCCAAGAAACUGUCUCCAACUCUUCAACAGAAGCUGAAUACAGAGCACUCACAGCUGUUGCAAGAGAACUCACCUGGCUCUCCUCUCUUCUGCGUGAUCUAGAUGUGCCUCAACAUCAACCAACUUUGGUAAAAUGCGACAAUCUCUCUGCGGUUUAUCUCUCUGCAAAUCCAGCUCUUCACAACCGCUCUAAACACUUUGAUACAGACUGGCAUUACAUCAGAGAACGAGUUGCACUUGGUCUCAUUGAAACACAACAUAUCUCUGCUACACUUCAGCUGGCUGACAUCUUUACAAAGCCAUUACCGAGGAAAGAGUUUGUUGCUCUCAGAGACAAACUUGGAGUGCUUGUUCCACCCACUGCAAGUUUGAGGGGGAAUGUGAGUAAUAUAGUAAUGGAUCAAGGCCCCAAAGACAAGACAAGCCCAAGAGUAAAGCCCAUAAGUCAAGAACACAUGAAGACAAACUCUGCAAAUGCAGAGAGUACGGAAAAGGAAGCUCCAUGCUGCAAUAAAGAAGACAACGGUCCUCUGCAAUUUGACCAUGAGUCAUCACAUCCAGCUGUGCCCUAG